AUGGAAAACGAUUCCUGCCAGACAUCGCUCACAAGCUUUAAUUUCGACGUUCCAACAACAGACAAAGACAAUGAGGGAGUGCUGUCAAAGUUAUUGGGGAAAGUAAAGACAGCGGUUGCAGGGCAGCCAGUAUCGUACACUCAAGCACAUUCACUAUAUUCUGAGCAAGCUUCUGCUAGUGAUCUUCACAGUAGCAGUUCGACAAUUUCUUUAGCGUCAACCCGCCUUAAUAAAACCGAUCCUGAGCUUUGGACAGCAGCUACUACUAACAGGCUUGCUUCAACUACAGUAACUUCCUCUCGAUCAAGCCUACAGCGUCAUAUUUACGUGACAUCCCCUACGCCACCAGCCUCAUCUAAAGAUUCAGUGGUAGUAAACUUUUCAACCCCUGGAACAGCCAACUAUAUAAGCAGACAAGACUCAAUAAACACCGCAUCUUCUCGAUUGCCACAAGAUGACCGUUCCACAACUAUUACGUUUGGCGAUGACUAUCUCGGAUCUCCUCUCAGCAAAUCCCGCUCUGUGGAUAGUGACACGCAGUCGAUCAUAACGACAUUUUCGGUCUCCACUUCCAACUCGCUUGGACGUAUCUUAGCCCGACUCAGGGGACAGAAAAGCGACAAGGAGUUCUGGAUGCCAGACGAGCAAUGCAAAGAGUGUUACAAGUGCCGUAAACCAUUUACUCUUCUUCGUCGCAGACACCACUGUCGUACUUGUGGUGAGUCUUAA